AUGUCCAACAAGCCCUCCGCAAAGGCCAUUGCCAAACUCAACGCCUCCAUUCUCUUUCCGGCCAUCCGCUCAGAGAUUAUCGAAAACCCUUCUUUGUUUGCCAUCCGCGGCUUCUUCAUUUUCAACAUCACCAAGAAGACUGUGCCCAUGACAGAAUGGUACCUUUUGUUUCAAGGAUUUGACGCCCCAGCUGUCGUCUCUCAGAAGAGACCUGUCCUCCCCAAGGCAAAGCGCGACGAAGACCCUAUCCCUGUUGCCAUUCUUCAGAUUGAGGACUCGGACUUGCUCAACUUUAUGAGUGGCGGAUUGACCGGAUCCCGAGGUAUUGUGAGUGGAAAAAUCAAGAUUGCUGGAGCAAUUGAGUUGGCAGAGCAGCUGGAGCAAAUCUUUUUGAAGGCCAAGGGUCAGGAGAAGACGCUUGCCUAUCUGGAACAGAAGCGUGGAAAGUCGGAAAAGGCCAGGGCUCGUCUGUGA